CUUCGCGAGUGAGAGCAGGUCCCCACUUCCAGGAGUGUCCGGUUUACCGCGGCUUUGCGAGGACGAGAAAAAAAGUCAUCCUCUCCUCACCUCUCAUAAAUAUAUAUAAAUAUAUAUAUAAACCCGGCGAAAAAAGAAAAGAGGGGGGGGAUUUUUAAAAAGUGUUUUCCCAAAUAAUCGAGAACAACUUACUCGCACUCCAUUCUAUUCGAUCGUACAUGAAGGAGUAUGCGAAUGUUUAUAAUAAAUAAUCAAAAAAUUUCAAAAAAAUUCUUUUUCCAUAUCAAUUUCGCCGUGAGUAUCCAGUGUGAUUAUAAUAAUUAAAUAUGAUUGUGAAUGGAAUUAACAAAAAUUUGUGAAAUUGUGAAAAAAGUGAUGCAUUUUGACGAUAAAAUGACGAACAAGAUUUAGGCAAACAAAACGCAUAAUAUCUUCAAAACCAUGAAGAUAAAUUUUUAAGAAGGGAGUAUCAGAUAACCAAACAGAUAAAAAUAACACAAGAGGAAGAAUAAAAGAAGUGAUAAAAAAAAGGAAAACAUCAAGUAGAUGUUAAAGUGUCUUAGACUAAGAAAGAAGUACUAAGUGUAAGGGUGUGUGAUAUGCAGAAGCAGCAACCAAAGUGAAAAUUCAUUAAAGAAAUUUAAUUUAAACGAACUGAUUUUAUUUAAAUAUGGAAGAAACGACAACAGAAAAUCCGUUGCCAAUAACGGGACACACUUCUCUUAUUCUUUUAUUAUCGAAAAUUGGUGCCAUGUUUCUUUUGGGACUUGGUUCAUUAAUUUCGGGUAUGUUACCAUUAAUUGUCGCUCGUUAUAGAAUGAGGAAACAAGACGGACGUCGUGGGAUAACAAGUGAUUCAAGUACUUCAACGAAUGCAUCCUCGUCAACUGUUCACAUACAUUCCCACUCGCCGCAAGGUCUCUUGACAUCUUUACUCCUGUGCUUUGGAGGUGGUGUUCUUCUUUUCACGACAUUCCUUCAUCUUGCACCCGAGGUGCGACAAAGCGUCGAAAGACAUCAGGCUAAUGGUCAAUUAGCAACUCUAGGCUCAUUGAGUUUGGCGGAACUUUUAUUUUGUGGAGGUUUCUUUUUCGUCUAUCUUGUGGAAGAAACUGUACACGCAGCCCUCACAAACAAACCCGAAUCAUCCGAAACUUUACUCUAUCGUACAGUAUCAGUUCGACGAUGUAACAACAAUAAUAAUAACAACAACAAUAAUCAAAGUGGAACAUCAACAACAACACCAACAGCCACAAGAUCAUGGAAACGAACUGAUUGUAACGAAAAUAAAAAUCACAACAAAGAAAGACAACAAAAAAUUCUACCUCCAAUUUAUGUUCUUUCAUCAUCAUCAGAAACAUCACAUCACGAUAAUAUCAAAUACGAUCUUGAAUCAUUAAAAAAAAGUGAAAAUAGAACUGAUAAUUCAAUUCGAGGAUUAUUAACAGUACUUGCAUUAUCGUUUCAUGCAAUUUUUGAGGGCCUUGCCGUUGGCUUGGAACCGUCCUUGAAUUCGGUCGUAUACCUGGCAGCUGCCAUUGCCACUCAUAAACUUGUGAUUGCCUUUUGCGUAGGCAUGGAACUUUAUGUUGCGAGGACAUCGACUAAAACAAUUCUUGGUUAUCUUUCUGUUUUUUCAAUGGUCACGCCAUUUGGAAUUGUCGCUGGUAUGGCCUUGGGACAUUUCAAAAAUGACAGCGAAAACUUGGGACCGGUCCCAACUAUCCUUCAGGGCAUGGCAGCAGGCACCCUACUUUAUGUUGUGUUCUUUGAAGUUCUUGCCAGAGAAAGAGCAAAUGAAAAAAGUGGUCUUCUUCAAUUAGCCGCAAUACUUGUUGGAUUUAUGCUGAUGCUUGGACUUCAACUCGCCAUGGCUCAUUCGCAUUCACACGGUCACUCGCACGGCGAGGAACAUCACGAAGAGCAUGAUGAGGGCAAAGCACCUGCCAUUGAAAGGGUAACGGAUUCAAUAGUAAACGCUGUGUCAAAAGCUUUAUGAACUCCAACAAAAAAAAAAAAAUAAAAUUUUGGAAAUAACCACAAAAUCAAUUCCCAUCGUCAUGUAGAAAUGCACAAACAUCACCAAAGUGAAAUUUUUCAAAGACUUAAUUAAUCUCCUUCAAAAUCACUCUCAAACCGAAACAGAAAUGAGAAUUAUUCUAAAGCUGUGAUUUUUGAGACUCUAAUAUAAAUAUAUAUAUAUAUAUACAGUGAUGAUAGUGAAAAUCACCAUAUAUAUAUACAAGAAAUUACAGCUGGGAAUUUAGAGAAAAUAAGUUUUCUUACAAUAGAAAAAAACUGAAAGUUAUUUUAUUUUAUUUUUUUGUUUUUCAUUUGCGAAAGAAUACUCAAGAUAUCCAUGUUCUUUAACGUCAAUAUACUGAAAAAAAACAAUAUUUGAUUAAAAUAAUUAGUUACUUGACUAUUAUCAAAUUUAUUUGUAUCAGAUAUAUAUUUAUUUGUAUCAAAUAAUUAUUGAAUCAAUUUGUUUAAAAUACAAAAAAUAUUGAUUCAAAUACAUUUUAUAAUUCAAUUAUUUGGUUUUCAAAAAUUAUUUAGUUCAAGUAAAUAUUUAUUUGACAGUCAAGUAACAGUAUAUUUGAAUCAAAAAAUUUUUUUUCUAUAACAAUAUUUUUUUUUUUUAAAUAUUAACUGUUCAGUUUUUUAAACAAGUGAUUGUUAUAAAAAAAAAACGCACAAGCGCCUUUUGUACAUAAUUCAUAAGAAUUUUUAGCAACAGAGAAAGAUAUGACACUUUUGUCACUCAUCAUCAAAACCAAAUGGAUCUCCAGAAAAAAAAAUGAGAUGAGCUAUUUUUAUAAAUAAUUUGUAAAGUUUUUAAAUGAAAAGAAAAAAAUAGUUUAAAUAUUGUCAACACAAAUAUGGAGACUUUCUUUUUUAAAAAAAGAAAAUACUUUUCGAAAAAAAGAUAUUUAAUUCAUAAAUUUUAAUUGUCGACAAUAUUUGUAAACUGCUUAUACAUUUUUUUUCUUUAAAUUAUAAUGAUAUUUGGAGGAGUUUUAGAUUAUAAUAAGAUAUUAAUAUAGUAUAUAUUUUAAGAGAUAUUGUUUUUAAUACAAAAAAAAAAAAAAGAAACUUUUUACUCGAAAAUAGUAUACCGAUUUUUAAAUAACAUGAGUGGCAAUAAUUUAUCGCGACAUGUAAUUUCAUUUUACUGAUCUACAUUAUAUAGGAAUCUUAUAUUAUUAAUCGAAAAAAAAUUAACUUGAAACAUCGAAAGAUUUUUUUUACUCAAAAGUUUCAAUUAAAUCUUUCGAUGUUGAAGUUUUCCCCCCCUCCCCUGUGUGUUAUUUUUGUUUUUCUAUAUUAUAUAUUUAUUAUCAUGUAUUAUUCAACGAGGCAAUAUUUGCCAGAGCGAUUGAUAAAUAUAUAUAUAUAUAUGCGAAUGUCAUGUGAAGAGUAUUUAAAUUUCAAUUAUUCUACGAAUGCACAAAUAUUUUCGAAAAAUUUCUGUAUUUUAUUUACAAAAAACAAAAAUAAGCAAUAAAUGCGCAAAUUUUAAACAUUCUCAUA